UAAAAGUUUCCAACUGACAAGGCAGUUUCUAGUGCUUGUUUGAUUUCGACAGUGUUUACUCUGAGAAGUCUAAAUCACACAAGGUAUACACUUUAAACUCAAGCUUUUACCUUGCACAUACUGGGCAACACACACUGCAGAAACUCUGUUCCCAAUUCAGGAGACACUGCUUCACAAGGCAGAUACAAUGUUGCUCUUAUCCUUCUCUGUUGUGGUCUUUUGCAUUCCCUCACUUACAUACUGUGGAGUCAAGGAUCUGAAUCAUCAUUUUGCACCACCAACAAAAGAUGCAUCAGAACAAGUAGGCCCACAGAGUAAACCUGCUGCUGGAUUUCACAACCUAGAAGAAAUUCCACCUGACUUUCACAAGGAGAACACAGUCACCAAUGUGCUAAUGGGUGACGAUUUUGAGGAUGAAGACUACAUUGAUUUUGACAAGAUUCUAGAAGAGGAUGAGGACUAUAUUAACCAAGUGGAUGAAAUUGAUAAUCCAGUUUCUAAAGGAGACACCAUUAUAGAGCCCACAGAUCCUCAAGUUAGAAGAGCAAAACUUCACAAAUUAUUCCAAGGCAAAUCCAGAAUUCAGCGUCUCAACAUAGUUAAUGCCGACUUUGGAUUCAGCCUCUACAGAAGCCUGAGAAACAAAAUCAAUCAGGAUGAUAACAUACUCUUAGCACCAGUUGGCAUUUCAGCUGCCAUGGGUAUGAUAGACCUGGGCAGCAGAGGAUCAACUCACCAGCAGAUAUUUCAUGUGCUUGGAUUUGAAGAUUUUGUCAAUGCAAGUUCCAAAUAUGACAAAACCACUGUUCACAACUUGUUUCGCAAGUUAACACACCGACUUUUCCGUCGCAAUUUUGGAUACACUCUGCGAUCUGUGAAUGACAUGUAUGUGGAGAAAAACCAGACAAUAGAGGAAACUUUCAUGAAUAACAUUAAAAAUUACUAUUUUGCUGAGGCUCAAUCAGUGGACUUCAAAGACCCUGCCUUCCUUGUCAACACAAAUCAACGAAUUUUAAAACGAACAAAAGGUUUGAUCAAGGAAGCUCUGAAAAAGGUUGCCCCAAAUACAGUGCUUAUGCUCCUGAACUGUCUUUAUUUUAAAGGCUCCUGGGAAAACAAGUUCCCACUAGAGAUGACCCAUGUUCGUUCUUUUCGGCUGAAUGAGAAGGAAACAGUGAAGGUUCCAGUGAUGCAAACCAAAGGAAACUUUCUAGCUGCUGCAGACCAUGAGCUUGAGUGUGAUAUUUUACAGUUGCCCUAUGUAGGAAACAUCAGCAUGUUUAUUGUGAUUCCCAGGAAGCUUUCAGGGAUGAGGAACUUAGAAAAGCACCUAUCCUCAGAAUCAAUCAGCAAGUGGAUAAGGGGUAUGACAAACAGGACCAGAGAAGUUGUUUUUCCUAAAUUUAAACUUGAAAAAAGUUAUGACUUGGUGAGUUACAUGAAGGAUCUGAACCUGACUGAUCUAUUUAAUGAGAAGGCAGACCUUUCUGGAAUAACAGCCCAAAGAAUUCUUAUUGACAUGUUCAAGCAUCAGGGCACCAUUACGGUGAAUGAAGAGGGAACCGAGGCAUCAGCAGUAACCACUGUGGGAUUCAUGCCUUUGUCCACUCAGGUGCGCUUCAUUGUGGACAGACCAUUCCUAUUUUUCAUUUAUGAGCACCGCACUGAAUGCUUACUUUUUAUGGGCAGAGUAACUAAUCCAGCAAAGAACUAGUCUUUACUGAAAUUAAAUGUAGCCACAAUGAGCUGAAGAUCAUCUGCUACAGUGAAAAUGUGGGAGAAAGCGUGCUUUUGUUGUAAAGUAUUAUGUAACAACAAAAAAUAACAUGUAUGGGAAUUAAAAAACUUAAAAAACAAAAACUAAAA